CGAGCCUCCCCUUCUGUCAGUCACCAUGGUGGCAUACAACAGAAAGCUUUGGCGGCGGACCCAUCUUUACUUUUAAAUCUAUCAAAAUGCUUUUGUAAGGAUUGUUUCUGUCGGCUAUGUAUAGCAUUACAUUCAAAAAUGGACAACUGCUUGUUAUAAGAAUAGCGCACACUUUUUCCUUUGAAUGUAAUUUCAUAGAUUUUUUUUGUCAACAGCAAAAUGCUGAAGAUACAAGGACUGGAUAUCGGUGUCGGAACAGUUUGACCGCAAACGACUUCCAAUCACCAAGCAUCUUCUGUGACUUGUAAAAGGAUUCUUCGAGCCGCGCCUUAUAAGUUUCCUUCUGUUGGGACCGGUGGCAGCCCUCCAGAAUAAUCGGUUUUGAGACAGAAAGAAACCCCGAGGCUCACGUUGUGGCCUGGCUUGGGGAGUUCGUAUCCACCUCUAUUAGCGUGUGCUGAACAGAAGAGAAGAAAGUGGGAACAAAUACUAUCCCUCGGUCUGUGGACCCUGCACCGUGGAUAUUUGCAAUUGGUCAAAGGAAUAAGCAAUUCAACUGUUUUUUUUUUUUACUGGUCUUCAACACAAUGGCGUCUUAUGUGGAUAACAGCUUCCGCCAGGCUGUGAUGAUGAAUCCAGCAGAAAGAACGCAACAGGACCUGGAGAUCGUGUACUCGUACCUGCACGGUAUGGAGGCUCUGUCCAACCUCCGAGAGCACCAGCUGAGGAUCAUGUGUGAGACGGUGCGCUACGAGAGACAUGAAGCCAACGAAGUUCUCUACUAUCCUGAUGAUGUAGGCAGCUGCUGGUACAUCCUGCUGUCUGGAUCGGUCUUCAUCAAGGAGUCCAUGUUCCUCCCCAGGAGCAGUUUUGGAAAGCGAUCGGCAGCGAGCCUGAGACGCGGUUGUGAGUGCAUCGUUCUGGAACCUUCCGAGAUGAUCGUGGUGGACUAUAUGGAUGAAAAUGAAGAGUACUUUCAGCGGCAAGCCUCACAUCGACAGUCCCGCCGGAGGUUCCGGAAGAUCAACCAGAAGGGAGAGCGACAGACCAUCAUCGACACGGUCGACCCCUACCCUGCCGGCAAGCCCCCCCUAGCCAGGGGCUACCACACGCUCCCUGCAGACUUCAGCCGCCUCCACCUGGCAGAUGGCUUGCACCCACAGGUGACCCACGUCUCCUCCAGCCAAUCAGGAUGUAGUAUCACCAGCGACUCAGGGAGCAGCAGCCUAUCAGACAUUUACCAGGCCACGGAGAACGAUCAAGGAGACAUGGACCUGAGCGGCCUGCCGGAGACGGCCGUGGACUCAGAGGAGGACGACGACGAGGAGGACAUCGAGCGUGCGUCAGACCCCCUCAUGAGCCGCGACAUCGUACGGGACUGCCUGGAGAAGGACCCCAUGGACAGGACCGACGAUGACAUCGAGCAACUACUGGAGUUCAUGCACCAGCUGCCUGCGUUCGCCAACAUGACCAUGUCUGUCCGGAGGGAGCUGUGUGCCGUCAUGGUGUUCGCUGUGGUGGAGCGGGCAGGAACCAUCGUCCUCAACGAUGGAGAAGAGCUGGACUCGUGGUCGGUGAUCCUGAACGGCGCCGUGGAGGUGACGUGCCCAGAGGGCCGCGCUGAGAUCCUGUGCAUGGGGAACAGCUUUGGGGUGUCGCCCACCAUGGAGAAGGAGUACAUGAAGGGAGUGAUGAAGACCAAGGUGGACGACUGCCAGUUUGUGUGCAUCGCUCAGCAGGAGUACUGCUGCAUCCUGAACCAGGUGGAGAAGAACAUGCAGAAGGUGGAGGAGGAGGGAGAGAUCGUCAUGGUGAAGGAGCACCGCGAACUGGACCGCACCGGAACCAGGAAGGGACACAUCGUCAUCAAGGGGACGACAGAGCGCCUGACCAUGCACCUGGUGGAGGAGCACUCGGUGGUGGACCCCACCUACAUCGAGGACUUCCUGCUCACCUACAGGACCUUCCUGUCCAGCCCCAUGGUGGUGGGGCACAAACUGCUGGAGUGGUUCCACGAUCCGAGCCUCAGGGACAAGGUUACACGGGUAGUCUUGCUGUGGGUGAACAAUCACUUCAACGACUUCGAGGGCGACCAUGCGAUGACACGCUUCCUUGAGGAGUUUGAGAACAAUCUGGAGAGAGAGAAAAUGUGCGGUCACCUGAGACUGUUAAACAUAGCGUGUGCUGCUAAGGCCAAGGCCCGGCUGGUGACCCUGACCAAGCCGUCCAGAGAGGCCCCGCUGGCCUUCUCCCUGCUGGGCGGCUCCGAGAAGGGCUUCAGGGUCUUCAUCGACAGCGUGGAGCCGGGGAGCAAGGCUGCAGAGGCGGGGCUCAAACGAGGAGAUCAGAUCUUGGAGGUGAACGGGCAGAACUUUGAGAACGUCCAGCUCACCAAAGCCAACGAGAUCCUGAGGAACAACACACACCUGUCCAUUACUGUGAAAACCAACCUGUUAGUGUUCAAGGAGCUCCUCAGCAGGCCGGAGCAUGACCAGGAGGCCGAGGGGGAGGAGGAGGACAGGAAGAACGGAGCGCCUCACCUCCCCAAGAUCGGAGACAUCAAGAAGGCGAGCCGCUUCUCCAUCCCUGACCUGGCGGUGGACGUGGAGCAGGUGAUGGGUCUGGAGAAGGUGUCCAAGAAGGCCAAGGCCAACACAGUGGGAGGACGCAAUAAGCUGAAGAAGAUCUUCGACAAGACUCUCACCAGCAUCCUGCCCCCCAAACCAUACAACGACGUCGGCGUGGGCCAAUCCCAGGACGACAGCAUCGUGGGGCUAAAGCAGUCGAAGCAGGUCCCCCCUGCGCUGCCCGUGAGCGGGAACCUGUCGUCCUCCAACCCAGACCUGCUCCAGUCUCACCACCGCAUCCUGGACUUCACCAACCAGCCAGACAUGUCGGACCAGGUGCUGCGUGUGUUCAAGGCUGACCAGCAGAGCCGCUACAUCAUGAUCGGUAAGGACACCACGGCCAAGGAGGUGGUGGUGCAGGCCAUCCGCGAGUUCGCCCUGACGGCCGCGCCGGAAGCCUAUUCGCUGUGCGAGGUGUCCGUCACGCCGGAGGGCGUCAUCAAGCAGAGACGCCUGCCGGAGCAACUCUCCAAGCUGGCAGACAGGAUCCAGCUCAGCGGCAGGUACUACCUGAAGAGCAACAUGGAGACGGAGACGCUGUGCUCUGACGAGGACGCUCAGGAUCUGCUGAGGGAGGGGCAGAUCUCCCUGCUGCAGCUCAGCACUGUGGAGGUGGCCACACAGCUGUCCAUGAGGGCCUUCGAGCUCUUCUGCGCCAUCGAACCCACCGAGUACAUGGACGACUUGUUCAAGCUGCGCUCCAAGACGGGCUCGGCCAGCCUGAAGCGCUUCGAGGAGGCCAUCAACCUGGAGACCUUCUGGGUGGCGUCGGAGGUGACGCGGGAACCCAACCAGCUCAAGCGCAUGAAGACCAUCAAGCACUUUGUGAAGAUCGCCCUGCACUGUCGCGAGUGCAAGAACUUCAACUCCAUGUUCGCCAUCAUCAGCGGUCUGAACCUGGCUCCAGUCUCUAGACUGCGGGGCACGUGGGAGAAACUGCCCAGUAAGUACGAGAAGCUGUUUGGGGACCUCCAGGACCUGUUCGACCCCUCCAGGAACAUGGCCAAGUACCGCAACGUCCUCAACAACCAGAACCUCCAGCCUCCCAUCAUCCCUCUCUUCCCCGUCAUCAAGAAGGACCUCACCUUCCUGCACGAAGGUAAUGACUCGAAGGUGGACGGGCUGGUGAACUUUGAGAAGCUGAGGAUGAUCGCCAAGGAGAUCCGUCACGUGGGCCGCAUGGGCUCCGUCAACAUGGAUCCUGCUCUCAUGUUCAGAACCAGGAAGAAGAAAUGGAGGAGUUUAGGGUCUCUCAGUCAGGGCAGUGCCAACGCGGCGGUGCUGGAUGUCACUCAGACAGGCGGACACAAGAAGCGCGUGCGACGCAGCUCCUUCCUCAACGCCAAGAAGCUGUACGAGGACGCCCAGAUGGCCCGCAAGGUCAAACAGUACCUGUCCAACCUGAACCUGGAGACCAACGAGGACAGUCUGCACACCCUGUCCAUGCUGUGUGAGCCUUCCAUCAACACCUUGCCCAAGAGUUCCGGGGACAGGAAGAGGCCGGACACGUCUCCGGUGGUGUCCAGGGCGGCGUCCCAGCAGCGGGGUCAGCUGACCAAGAGCGGCCAGGCCCUCCAGGUGCCGGCCGUGGCCCUAUACCCCUCCCGCAAGAAGGUCCCCGUCAAAGACCUGCCGCCCUUCGGCACAAGCUCUCCUCAGUCGCUGAAGAAGAUCCUGUCUCUGUCGGAGGAGGCGAGCGAGAGGCAGAAGAGACAGCCAGACGAUGCGGCGUCCAACUCCUCCCCCCAGCUUUCCUCCCCCCUCACCUCCCCCCACAGCUCCCCUAAGAAGGGUUACCCCAGGAUGGCUGACUCCUACUCCGACUCGGGUCACAGUGAGAUCUCGUCCCGCUCCAGCCUGGUCAGUAACUCGUCGUUGGACAUGGCCCAGGAGGAGAGGAGGCUGCGGGGCCUGGGAGAGGCCCACGCUGGGGGCCCCAGGCUGGAGAGACGAGCCACCACCGACCCCGACCAGUACAGCCUCGGCUCCUACUCGUCGGUGCAUGAGUGUCGAGGCUUGUACGCCGGCUGCCCCACGGUGAUGUCAUCGCCCAGCUCGGAGGAGUUGACCCAGGACCAGGGCGACCGCGUGUCCCUGGACGCCGCCGACAGCGGCCGCGGCUCCUGGACCUCCUGCUCCUCCGGUUCCCAUGACAACAUCCAGACCAUGCAGCAGGGCCGCAGCUGGGAGACACUGGCCUUCGGCGGGGGAGGCGGGUGCCUGGGAGGGCUGCCCCACGGGGGGCCAGAGGCCCUGCUGGGGGGGCCGGCGGGGCUGUGGGCGGCGCAGGCUCGGGGCAGCUGGGCGUCGGCCAGUUCGUCGUCGUCGUCGGCAGCGUACUGGGGGGAGGACUCGGAGGGGGACACGGGCACCAUCAAGAGACGGGGGGGCAAGGACGUCAACGCAGACGGAGAGACCAGCAGCAUCACCUCCACGGGCUCGGAGGACGCCAAGCAGGGGAGACCCUCGCCCUCCCCCAUCACCACAGGGGGGAAGGGACUGCUCUCACGGAAGGAGAGCCGUUACCGGGACCCGCCCCCCACCCCUCCCGGCUACACCGCCCUGACCGUGUCGGACUUCCCUGAGACGCAGCAGCCCUCGCCCUCCGCCCCGCCCUCCCAGCCCGCCCGCCGCCCCCCCGACUACACCACGGCCCUCCAGCGCUCGCGCAUGGUCACCCAGUCUCCCGACUCCCACCUCCACGCCCAGCAGGGGGGGUCCAGGCAGCGGGCCACCGGCGUCCCCCGCGCCCGCUCCGCUGGCGAGGACCACGAGCCCGAGGAGGAAGAGGAGGAGGACGAGCAGGUGUCUGCAGUCUGAUAGUGACCCACCUCAGGGUGUGCUCUGCACUAGUCCUGUCUCUGAGGGAGAGAGAGGCUGGCAGACAGCCAGACAGACAGCCAGACAGACCGUCGGCCAGACAGACAUCAGUGACGUGCGUGCCUACCCUGCUCCUCCUCGUCGACAUGCUCGUCUCCCUCCUGGCCUUACAGCAUCGUGGGGGUUUGAAGGACCCUGCAUGCAAAACAUACUGUGAAGAUGAGAGGUGGAGAGGAUUUAAAACAAAAGAAAAUACUAAAAAGAAAAAUGCCUGGCACUUUGGCAAUAUAGACACUACAUGUGGAACUGUUCCUUCUGGGGACCCCUGGUGACGCCCUGCCAGCGGUCACACGCCCCUGACGUCGUCGCUAACGGACCAGCCCUCCCAAACUACCCCCUCCCCCUUCCUCCUUCCCCCCCCCCCCCGAUCUCCCUACUCACCUGCUAACACAACAGCAUCAUGACGUGUUGAGCUUUGUCUGCACUUUUUCAUUUUCUACUUUGUAAAACGAGAACAAAAUGGACUCCAGUUAUGAAAAAAAAAGAAAAAAAAAGCAUCAAUCAAAUUGACACUGGUUAGUUGUUUUUUUUUUGGGGGGGGGGCGGAGUUUAGGGUUUUUUUCUCUCAACUUCCUGUUAGAUGUUUCUGGAGGAAGUCUUUCCAGAAUGAUUGCACUCUGGGGGAGGAGGAGAAAGCAACGGCCUGGGUUGUUUUCGGACCGCCUCCCCCUGGACUCAGAAGACAUCUGUGGAAGAGUGUUGAAAACACAGGCUCAGUGUUAAAUGUUCAACGAUGGUUUAGUGGUGCUUCAAACCACAGCUAACUGGAGUAGGAAUCAGUAGGGGGUCGCCAAUACGUGCAUGCACGCACACACACACAGACACACAGACAGAGACAUAGGUGCAAUCAGCUUUUUUUGUUUCCGAGGUGGUCUUUUUCUGUUCAAUAACCUCUUUAAAAAAACGCAUUUCCAUGGUCAUUUCCAUCCUGGCCUGAGUAGUAACAGGACAGUCCAGUUCCUCUGUCUCCAGCAGACUAGGGUUCUGGCUGGGCGACUGAGUCGGCCCACUUAGAUCCUAUGUAUGUCACGAUACAAACCAGUCAUAUCUAGGAAAGUCACCUGGCGGUCAUUCUAUCAUACCUGGCUCUCCGGCCAAUCAGCUGAAGGAGAGAACCCGGUUCCCUCCUUUAACCACAUGCCCGUCGUCACGGUGAUCGAGAAGCACAGAGGGUGGUUUCAUCCUGCCAGGAGAGUCGGGUCCCAGAUUCUUCUAUGGUGCUGCACAGUCUAUCCCCUCACCAGCCUGUCCUCCUCCUGGGAGUGUAGCUAUCCACCCUGCGUCUCCCGUGUUCCUACUCAUCCUGCUUCUCAUUGGUUAGGGGGAAGGAAGGAAGAAAGAAACGUGUCACAUCUGUUACAGGAAUCAAUUCAGUGGGUGUGUAUAUUAGCAGGUUAUGCUAACGUACUGUAGAGCUACCUGGUGCCACUGUUGAUCCAUAUUCAUCGACUGAAGAAAAUGUUUGUGUGUUUCUGUUCAUUUUGUUUUCUUCUCUCUCACUCGUUCGACUCCGGUGGAGAAGUUUAUAGACAGGAACAUUUGAUUAGAAGUCUGCCAUUCAAAAAUACUAGUAAUCAAAUUGUGAAAAAAAAGUAUCACUUAGUUUUAUGUUGUUCUUCUGUUUGCGCUGCAUCGCUCUGAUCACAUUGAUCAGCACUUAGAAACGGUAGACUUAGAAAAACUAAAGAGUGCAGUGUUGCCCACUGUGUUCUGGAACUACAUUAUAAUAAUUUCAUUUAUUGUAUUUUUGUUUUUUUUAAUGUUUCUUUUAUUAAUGGCUGCAGAUAGAUUGUCGAUAAUGCGUUUGUAAUACUGUGGUAACAUGCAUCAUCAACUGUCAUCAAAUAUUUGAAGAGAAUGUGCAUAUUAGCAGACCAAGUUCUAUUUUGAAAAACUAAAAGUUGCACAGUGUACAAGCAUAAGGUAGUUGUAGUAGGUAGAACUGCUACAUGUGUGAUGUCCGGUCUCAACUGUACAUUUAGCUGGUGAUGAUUUUUUUUUCUUCAUACUUUUUCUUGUACUACUUUUACCUGUAUGUCUUUUAAAAAGACAAUUGGUGGAGUAUGUAUGGUUGUUAUUUUGUAUUUUUAAUACAAUAAUUGUAAAUAUUGGUUAUAUUUUUGUUGAAAUGUACUAUGUUUAUGCCUCAACAUCCAGUUCGUAUGAAGCUGGUAAUCAAUAAAUACUACAAAAGGAAUCAACUCAUAGGUUUAAAUGCCCUUCAUUGUUCCAGCAUUUCUUUUUCUUCGUUUUUUCUUUUCUUCUUUUCAGAAAACUGUUCUCUUCAAACAUUUUCCAUACACCAUCUAGUGUUUGCACAAGAUAAGACUUGGAAUCAACUUGAAAUGUGUAACUCUCGUACUUUUCUAUCUGACAGCAAUGUUUGUCAGAAUUAAUAAAAACAUAAGUCUCUCCAA